AUUGUCUCACAGCGCAGCAUUUCCUCGCGUUUGUUUACGCAGUGGCAGACAUUUUUUCUAGGUUGUAGCAAUUCCCAUGGUUGAAAGUCUUUAACAGUACAUUGUGUAAGAAUUGUGAGCGAAGGAAGGUAAAAAAAAUAACGAAAGAAUUGAUCUCCUUUUAUGGAUAUAUCGCGCAAGGAAUCAUGGAUAAGUGCUAUCGUGUAUUCGACUUUGUGACAAACGCCACACACUGACCUCUUGGAAUUUUCACAGAGUGGCACGGGGAGGUAUAUAGACAUUUCUACGCGGGACGAGGGUACUGAUGGGUUCUAAGUGGAAAAAUCAAUAUAGCAAUUAUUUUGAAAAUGAUCCUCUGCUGAUCGUUGCCUGGUGAACGGUGUGAAAUGCAAAAAAAAAGUGCGUGGCUAGUUUGAGUGGUUUGAUAGAGAGAGGAAAUUCUAAUCUUGGUGUGUGGAUUUAUUCUUGAAUGUAUAAAGUCCAUCGCGGGCUGCGCUUCUUUUGCAUAAAGUCCACCAAGUGCUUAAGUGAAGCUGAAUGGUGAAAAGAGUGAGAGACGAAGUGAAGAACCAACAGUUUAAUCAAUGAUUGUGCCUCGCGCAUCGUGUUGUAUUCAAAGCUGCGAAAGAAUAAAAGUGUGUUCACCGUUACUUUAAUGCUGUUUAUAUUGAUGUACAAUCGGAAGAGCAGCAAACUCAAUGAUAUUCAUAUCUUUGGCGAAUGUGAUCGGUGAUCGUAUCUCUAAGAAGUGAUCAUGAGGUUUUAUGUGUGAUUCUACUUUUUUUUUUCAACAUCUCCAAAUCUCGCUUAGUCUAUCUUUGUCAAUCUCUGUGCGAAGAUCCAUAAAUCUAGCCUAGAGCCGAUAUAGUGAAAGAUCGAGAUUUUUAGCUGGGCGAAGGAUAAUCUCUGUUGUUCUGUUUUUUUUUUGACAAUGUGUUUGUGCAACGAGAGCGAUAAAGUGCAAAAUUGGAUGCAUAAGAAGAUGCUGGUGAAGAUGGCAGAGAGCAUGUCUUCGCAUUCGUCGUUUCCUCUGCGGUUCUUCCUCAUCUUAAUUGGCUUCCUCCUCGUCACACCCAUACAUGGCUAUAGAGUUCUUAGCCGAGAACCAUUGCCGGGGUGCUAUCACAACGGAACGAGGUACGGGGAUGGAUCAAUGGUGCCCACAAUGGAGCCCUGCCUCAGCUGCAAGUGCUCAAAUCGAAUUCUCACCUGUGCCCUGAAAGUUUGCCCCGAGCAACCCGUUCCGCCGCCAAGGGGUUGCGUUCUGGUGCAACCGAAGAGAAGCUGCUGCCCGCACAUGCAGUGUCGCAAGUACAACAUUAAACCCAUGACGGAUAGCGAUAGGCGCAUUGUUAACUUCCUUGAUGACUACGAGAGUGAGCAGAAGAUUAUUCAGGAGAAAUAUGGAGAACUUUCAGAUGGAAAUUCAAAUUUUCUCAGACGUUCUGAAAGCACAGAAGAUCAAAAUGACAAUAUUUGCAUCCAAAAUGGAACAAUUUACAUGCCAGGAUCGGCUAUGACGUCCUCAAGUCUCUGCUCCUACUGCUACUGUAUUGGCGGGAAGCAAAGAUGCAUGAAGCCCAAGUGCCUGCUUCCGGCACUUGCAGAUUGCACACCAAUUUUCAUUGAAUCCAACUGCUGUCCAGUUCGCUAUGAUUGCUCCGAGCGGAAAUCCCUUAAAGCUGAUAAUCCGCCACGUAAGAAAAUCACCAAUAAGCAUUACCUUCGCAAUUCGACAAUGAUGGCACGCGGAACGGGAUGUUUUGUCAAUGGGAUUCUCUACAUUGAGGGUCAUCGGCUGCCAAAAGAUCCCGAAAAUCCAUGUGAAAUUUGCUACUGUAUUCGUGGGAAGCGAAAAUGUACCCCACAGAAGUGCUCACCGGAAAUACGGAAUUGCAUCCCAAUGAUCCCAAAAGGGCAGUGUUGCCCAUCGAGCUACAACUGUGACACGCAGGAAGAGAAGGGAAGGCAAUUUGACUUAUUCUCAAUACUUUUUGGAGAUGAUGAUGUCAAUGCUACUGAAGCCAUUGGGGAGGACGACAUUGUGGGGACAACAAUCCUGCCUGGUGUUGUUCCAUCAACGACGGAAAAGAGUUUCUUCGAUGUCCUGCGGGAAGGAUUGGAAUUUGUGGAUGCACAAGAGGAAAAGGUUGAUGCAAUGCUCAAUAAGAAUGGUACAAAGGUGAAAUCUAAUAGCACAAAUGCUGUAUUUGAAAUACUCGAUAUUCACCCAGAAUCCGACACGUACUAUGAUUACGAAGAUGAUGAAGUGGGGAAGAAUAAAACUCAUCUCAAUGCAACACGGUCGAGUGAAACCACAACAUAUGCCGCGACGACUUUUGAUGAUAAAAGUGAGAUUAGCAGAGUGGUCGCGACUACUAGCAAUGAUUUAGCCGAGAAUCGAGAAACAUCAACAAUCACUGAGGAAUCCAGCACAAUUGGAGAUAUUGAAUCUCCCACAAGUACAAUUUCAAUUGAUACCACGGACGUUGAGGUGCAAACCACAGAAGUUGAGCAAAUCAUCACAACCACCAUUAGUGUGGAUGAUACUAAAGUACCUAUCAAUUUAACCACUAAUCGCCCUACACUUGCAACAGAGGUCACACAGAGAAGUGAUGGGAGUACAGAAAUAUCCACGAUGGUCACGGAAUUGAGCACAGAGGCGGGUGAUGCUGCAACAACGACCGAUUUGGACACCACUUCUGAGGCAUCCGAUCAAACAACGGAAAUGGAAAAGGCGGAUACCAAAAAUGGAGAUGAAUCAAUUUUACUGGAUAACGAAUUAAGUAGUACAGUAGUGAUGACAUCAACUACCACGGAAAAUAUCCUUUCAGCCCUCUUCAAUGGAUUAGCCAGUAUUCUCGAUAAGGAUAGCAAUAAAGUGAAGAACAUCACAAACUCCUCAUCUACCGCCCCAACGUAUUUUACAAAGAAUGUCACAACAAUGAUUUCAAUUGAUAGAAUUGAUGAAAAUAUUUCCACGACAGACGUCUCACCAGCUUUGACCCCAAAACCACCUUCAGAGACAGCUCCUGAACCCAUUGUGAUUGAUUCCAAUCCGUCAAUCCUCGAAGCAGACUACCACUACGACUACAGUGAACCCACCUUGCCACCGAGUCUUCCCAAUUUGAAGAUUAUUCCCUUCCUUCCGGCGGAUGCAGUUAAGAAUGACCGGAAGAAGGUUGUCCCACCCUUUGAGUACUAUGCAAAGCACGAUCCAACCCUCUACCCACCAGUUGCAGUUGGUGAGAAGAGAAUUGAUUAUGCACCUACUUACACUCAGGAGAACUUCAAUUACGAUCCCACAGCUUAUCCCUCUAUUACGGAAUCCUUUGAUGGAUUAAACUAUGAUUAUUCUGCUGAAGGGGAGAAACAUUCAAUCAUUGGAUAUGGGAACUACGCAGGUGUUAUACCUGUUUACAAGAACUCUCCAGCUGCGGAGUUUGAAGGAGAAGCCCCCAUAUUUAAUUAUGAGCAAAUGAAAGGAUUUUCUCCACCAAGAGAAACUGAAGGAGGAUUUGUACCGAAGGAACCAAUAAAGGAUAACUUCUACUACGACACUUUCCGCACCACAAACUUCGUGGUGGACCUAACAACAGAAAUUCCACCACCCAAUCCCAAUAGUAUUUUGUCACCAGAUCCAUUCAAGAAUGUCAUCCGCACUGAGCCACCACCUGAUUUGCAUUCCCUAAUUGAGGAUAAAGAGAAAUUGCUACUUAAUCGCGUCAUUAUCAAUGGCACAGUUCGCAAUGACUUUGACCGGGAAAUUAUCUCAAUUACCACCGAUGGUGCUGUAACGGAUGAUGAUGGUGCAAGUAUCGAUGAGAAGCUGAAUGGAACGAAGGAAAAUGCCGAAGAGAUUGUGCGAGAAAAUGUGACGGAAGGAAGUAAAGUAGCACGGGUAACGACCACACCAGCCCCUGGGGGAUUCUUCGAUGGGAUCUUUGGAUUCCUCUUCAAAGAUGAUCCUCAGGAAGAGGAGCUCGCCACGGUGCGAAGUACGACGGAAUUUGAAUUGCCAACAGUUGACUAUGACACGAUGAAAGUGCCGGAAUUCAAAAAUCUCUCCAAAGAAGUUGAAAUUCCAGAAAUUCUUCUCAACACCACAGAUGUGAAGGAAAAACCCAGCGAUAAUGCCACGGUAAUUAGGGACAUUCUCAUUGAUCUUCUCGGUGAUGAUGCAGCAUUCAAUGCAACUGAGAAAAUUCCAACAACCACACAGCAACCCCAUAAUCGCCUCAGUGUACCCUAUUUAGCACCUGCAGUUCAAGUGAAUGGAGGAAAUAAUCCCAUAAGAUCCACCCUGGACUUGGUAAUUCCGGAGCUACACAAGAAUGACGAGGACAGUGUGAAUGAUAACUUCAGUCCAGACAGUUACCAGUCCGUAGGAGAUGCCCAAAUCUUCACAAAACCCACCAUUAGUAGUGUCCAAGAUCCCGCGGGUAUUCUUAAGCUAGCUGGAUGCAAUAUCUACGGACGGAUGUACCGUGUGGGGAGAAUUAUUUCAGAACUGUCAGGACCCUGCUUAGAAUGCAAAUGCACAGAAGUUGGUGUCCACUGCACCCCUCUUAGCUAUAUCUGGUUUUGGUCUCAAAAUCGAAAAAUGGAACUAUCAAAAAAUAGUUCUGUUGUGAUUGCAAUCUUAUGUAAAAAUUGUAAAAAAAAAUAUUAAAAGAAAUGGUCCUAAAGAUCUUUAAAGGGUUAAAAUUCAUUCCAUUCAUGAUUCCAUAAAACUCAAUAUUUUUAAAGGGGUUAAAUUAAUAUUUUUGUACUCACGUGCUUUAUUGCAAAAUACCUUGUCGAAGAUUGA